AUGUUCUUCAUCAAUUCUUCAAAAUCAUGUUUUCAUAACGAGUUCAUUCAAGCCACCAAAUUGAGAGCUGCAACAAGCUUAAACCACCACCUCCUUUCUACCCCUAAUAAGAAUAGCAAAAUAUCACCACCUACUCCAUCCGUUUUUGCUCCAACCACCAAACAUCACCAUUGGCAACCUUCAUGUUUGCAUCUGUUCAAGCACCAUCACAACCUCAGCUACUCCACUACUAAUGAGAAGUGGAGACUGGAGACUAACCUGAAGGAGAAGUCGGGGGAUGAACAGAAGACGCCAGGCGAGGAACGGAAGGCGUCGGAGCCUCACACAGAAGCUUCAGCAGAAGAUGAAGAACUUCAGACGAUACCAGUGUGCUUUAGACAAACUUCAGAUGAGGAAGACGGCGACGUCGUGAACGGAGAAGAAGAAGACGACGUCGUGAAUGGAGAAGAGCAUGGCGGCGUUCGUUCCUUCCAUGAGUCCGACAGAGAGACUUUCAAAAUGAAAAAAAAUUGA